AUGGCUCCCAAGAACCGCGUCAUUAUCGAUUCCGAUCCCGGUAUCGAUGAUGUCCUGGCUAUGCUCCUGGCCCUCUCGGCCUCUCCCGAGGACCUCGAGGUCGUGAUGAUCUCCGUCACAUACGGCAACGUGCCAUUGCAGAGUUGUUUGCGCAACGUCGUUGCUCUCUUCCACGUGCUGGAGAAGGAGAUUGCAUGGCGCAAGGAGAACGGCAAGCCCGAAGGCUUCGAGGCGUUGAAGACCUACAAGCCCAUCGUGGCUGUCGGUGCCGAGCACCCGCUGGAGGACGACGAGCUGGCCGCCGACUACUUCCACGGACUUGAUGGCCUACAUGGCGUCCACGAGCAGCACCCUCACCUGACCCCGGAUGACAGGUGGAAGUCGCUCUUCCAUACGGAAAAAAACAUCGACCACGACCCGUCGCCCUUCUCCAAGUACUUCACGCCGGCCAAGCAGGUCGCGCAUAAGGAGAUCCUCCGCAUUCUCAAGGAGAACCCUCCCAACACCAUCUCCAUCUGCGUCGUUGGUCCGAUGACCAACGUCGCCCUCGCCGCCGCCGAGGACCCCGAGACUUUCCUCCGCGUCAAGGAGCUCUGCGUCAUGGGCGGUGCCGUCCACGUCGAGGGAAACAUCACGCCCGUCGGCGAGUUCAACACCUUUGCCGACGCCGUGGCGGCCGCCAGGGUCUUCGCCCUGACGUCCCCCACCCCGCGCUCGACGAUGCCGCCCAUUUCGGACAAGCAGUCGUCCCUCCCACCCUAUCCGGCCAAGCUGUCCAGGAGGCUCAAGCUGACGCUUUUCCCCCUCGACAUCACCACCCCCCACCUGCUCAUGAAGAACUUCUUCACGGAGCGCAUCAAGCCUAUCGUGGAGGCCGGAAGCCCCCUUGGCCAAUGGGUCAACCACUUCAUGUCCAAGACCUUUGAGAAGAUCGACUCCAUGGAGGGCAACGGACAGGAACCUGGCCUCUCUCUGCACGACCCCCUGACGGUAUGGUACCUGCUGACGCAGUCGGACCCCAAGUGGAAGCCCGUCGCGGAGCCCGAGGACAUCCGCAUCGAGACGACGGGCCAGUGGACGCGCGGAAUGCACGUCAUCGACGGCAGAAUCCGUGCCAAGUACACCGAGGCGGCCCUCGAGUCCAGCGAGUCCAGCGAGGGCGUCGACGUCCUGACGCUGGCCGAGGUCCCCGGCGACACGGGCGGCUGGCUCAGCACCGGCAGGGGCAACAGGAUCAACCGGAUGGUCGAGUCCCCCGGCGAAGAGCUGUUCGCGCUGGAUCUGAUGAAGAGGGUCUUUGGUUAG